UUCACUGAAGCAGCGUAUCAGACUUUCGUUGUGUUUUCUACAAACAUGCUCUUUGCCAAGUAUCUGAUUUUCUCUUCCAUGGUGUUGGGAGCACAGUUAUCUCUGUACCCGACUCAGCAAUUCCUGUUUGUUGAAAUUAGUGCUACGGCAAAGAUCCCCUGUUCUUCCACAGAAAAACUGGAAGGAGGUGGCAUUUCGGUGUAUUGGUACAGGAGAAGAGAAGGUGAGGGGCCCACCUGCAUCAAGAAGUGCUUAAAUGAUCAAAAUGUAAGUAAGUUUGCUUGCAAAGCCGAGACACGCGGCAUGACACUGGAAAUCUACAAUAUUCAGCAGAAGGAGUCUGGUGACUAUUACUGGGCAGUUAAAUCCAGCAGCUAUCUGAUUUUCGACAAUGGAUCCACACUGAUUGUUGGAGACAGCUACACCAGCAGCAGCUGGGUUUUGCUUCUGGUUCCAUCUCCCCACGGCCUCAUUUCCACUGGGACGGUUGAUCUGGCUUGCAUUGUCCACGGAGUCUCCAACCCAGUCCAAAUUUCCUGGAAUAUUUCUGGGGAUCUGCAGGAACAGGCGCUAAAGCGAUCACUGAAAGCAAAGGAUGGCUCCUUAAUGCUCUCCGUCUUGGCUGGUGUGUACUGCAGAUAUGUGCCAUGUGGUGGCAGUUUUCCUGGUGGGGUUGAUGGUGUCUCUGAGUCUGGCUUGGAUUCGCGGCUGUUCCAGUCCAGGGUUUUUUCCUGGUCCUGCUUGUUGUUUGUGGGGAAGUGUGCAAUCUGGGAGCAACAGCAGUCAGUCUGGAAAGAGCCAGCCUAGAAAAAGACAG